GAGGAUUGAGAGUGGGGGGAUCCGCCAGGACGAGGCCUCGGACAGAAAGGCGCGCUCAGAUUUGGAAGUCUCAGACUGGGAAGACGCGCCGAGAUAGCUGGAAGACUGGAGGUGAGAAGUUUCAGGCUGAGAGAGGUGUUUUAGAACCUCACCUGAAACAGGUGGGCUGUCACACCGAGUCUCCAAGGUACCUGUAUUUCAGCAGAAGGAAGUGCAGAACACUGAAUACCAGCACGGAUGGCAAACUUCAAGGGCCAUGCUCUCCCGGGGAGUUUCUUCUUGAUAAUCGGUCUGUGGUGGUCAGUGAAGUACCCGCUGAAGUAUUUCCACCACCGAGGGAAGAAGAACAAGCUGGACCAUCUUCAGCAGCGUCUUGAGCUCAUUGAAGCCGCACUCAAGACUUUGUUUUCAGUCAUUGGGAUCCUGGCAGAGCAGUUUGUUCCUGACGGGCCCCACCUCCACCUCUACAAUGAAAACCACUGGAUAAAACUAAUGAACUGGCAGCACAGUACCAUGUACUUAUUCUUUGGAGUCUCAGCAAUCAUUGACAUGCUCACCCUCCUGGUUACCCACAUCCCCUUGGGGGUGGACAGAUGGGUUUUGGCUGUGGCAGUAUUUACCGAAGGUUUUCUCUUCUACUACCACGUUCAUGACAGACCUCCGCUGGACCAACACAUCCAUUUACUCUUGGUGUUUGGUUUGUUCGGAGGAGGUAUCAGUAUAGCCCUGGAGGUGAUCUUUCGGGACAAUAUUGUGCUGGAACUUUUCCGAACCAGUCUCCUGAUUUUCCAGGGAACCUGGUUCUGGCAGAUUGGAUUUGUGCUCUUUCCACCUUUUGGGACACCUGAAUGGGACCAGAAUGACAUGGGCAACAUCAUGUUCAUCACCAUGUGCUACUGCUGGCACUACCUGGUCGCCCUCUGCAUCAUGGCCAUCAACUACUCUCUUGUUUACUGCAUUCUGACUAGGGCGAACCAACGAGGAGGAGGAGGAGGAGGAGAGAUAAUUGGGAUUCAAAAGCUGAAGUCCGAUCACACUUACCAGACUGCCCUUUUGAGUGGCUCUGAUGAGGAAUGACAUUAAGCCAUGGGGAGACGGAGACCACCCAGCCUGCUGAGCCCCACAGCUGCAGUGAGUGCACCUCCUGCUCGUUGUUUUGAGGCCUGCCUUGGACUGCUCCUAAAGCACUGUAUAUUAGUACCCUUCAUUUAAUACAAAGUUGGAGGAUCUAUUACACAAAACUGUGUAUCUUGCUGCUUGGAUUUUUCAAUUUUAAAGUCUUUGUCAGUCUUUCAUAAAGAAAAAUGAAGUAA